CGUAAUGACACGGAAGUGAGGACAUUUUUUUAAUAGCUCGAGACCGGCAAGAUGGCAGCGGACACGCAGGUUUCAGAUACUCUGAAGAAGUUUGCUGUGAAAGUGACUACAUCGAGUGUUAAGGAGCGGAAAGAAAUUUUAGGAGAACUGAAGGAAUGCAUAAAUGGAAAGAAUCUGCCUGAACCAGCUAUCAAAGGUCUAUGCAAGCUCUUUUGUCUUACCCUUCAUCGAUACAGGGAUGCAGCCUCUCGCCGUGCUGUGCUCUCUGUUAUUGACUUACUGGCCCAAUCACAGCCUGAUGCCAUUGCUACCCACCUGCCUUCUGGUCUGCUCACCUGUGGAGUUGUCAGUAAGGGUAUAAUGCCAGGGAAGAGCACAGCAUCGGCUUCUUGUUGUGCCCUGCCAUGGACUUGCUUAAUAGUGCGUGUAGUCUUCCCCACGCUAGAGAACAGAGUGGAUCCUCAAUGGAAAAAACUGGUGGAGGUGCAGAGUCUGCUCCUUGCUGAGGUCAUGGGUGGAGCCUCCAAAAAUGCAAUCAAGUCUGUCACUAAGCGGCUUAACAAGUUGUGGAAAGAUAGCCCAGGGUUGGUUGAUCAGUACAUGAGCACCCUGUUGAGCUUGGACCAGAGUCCCUCCUCUCUGCCUCUGCUGGCAGAGUGUGUGGACUUCUGCACCUCUCAGAAAGACAUGGCCACCAUCAACAAGCACAAGGCCGCUAUCUUAGAUCUGUACUUGAAGACUGUACUAAUGAGCAAAACCAGACCACUCCAGCACAUUCUGGCUAAAAGUAGUUCUCUGCUUUGCCAUGUUUCUCACUCUGAGUUCAAGGAGCAGCUCUUGCCCACUCUACAGAAAGCCCUGCUGCGUAGCCCUGAAAACUCCAUACAGACCAUCUCUUCGAUGCUGGCUUCACUUACUCUUGAUCUCAGCCAGUAUGCUUUGGACAUUGGGAAAGGCCUUGCCAGCCAGCUGAAGGCGAGUAACAUGGAAUUAAUGGAACAUGCAGUUCAGGCCAUGCAAAAUUUGGCCCAGCAGUGUAGUGACCCAACUGCCAUCCAGGAUCUAGUAACACACCUCUUUGGCAUUCUUGGAGGUUCAGAGGGGAAACUCACUGUAGUGGGCCAAAAAAUGAAUGUGCUUUCAGGGAUAAAAAGCUGUAGCCAUCAUGCAGUCUCUGGCUUCUCCAGCCAGUCACUCAGCUCCAGUGUGGCACUGCAGUUUAUCCCAUUUCUGCAGCAAGAAGUACAUGAGGGGACACUGGUGCAUGCUGUGUCUGUGAUGUCUCUUUGGAUGGCACGUUUGAAUGUGGAGGUUCCAGCUGCUCUGAGAGACUGGCUUAAGAAAGCCUUCACACUGAAGUCCUCCACCUCCUCUGUCCGCCACGCCUACCUGCAGGCCAUGCUCAGAGCCUUCAAAGGAGACACCUUGAGCCAGGCUCUGGAUCUCAUUCCUCUCCUCAUCCAGACGGUAGAGAAAGCGGCUGCUCAGAGCUCUCAGCAUGCCCUUCUCUCUGAGGCCCUGGCAGCUUCAGUGCUGCUAUGUCAUCUCUCCAUACUGGACUCAGUUCCUGAAUCUAAACUGACCUCCUUUUGGAACCUGAUUUUGGAUGAGAAAAAACCUCUCUUUACCACAGAGAAAUUUCUCGUUCAGACCAGUGAGGAAGCACUGUGCACUGUACUGCAGCUGUGUGAGAGACUAUUCCUGGACCACCCGCAGAGGCUCAACAACAACAAGGCUCAGAUGUACCAUCGGGCCAUGGUGGCUGUGCUCCUUUGUCGAGCGUAUCAGGUACGGAAGCGUGCCCAUCAGAGCGUAAAGAAACUUCUUUCUUCACUGGGAAGCCCUAGCCUUGCCCACGGCCUUCUGGGAGAACUGUGUGUCGUCAUACACAAACAUAAGGUUUUGCCUCCAGAGGUUCUUCAGACUGAGACAGGAGAGUGGACUGAGCUGGGCCGCUUAUAUAUCCCUCCGUGGAUCCUCUUAGAGGCUCUGAGGGUGUUGUGCACAACAGCAGGCCAGUGGAAUGACUCCAGCGAGGCUGAGAAACUGGCCCUAGAUAUUAUCAUCGUGGCUCACCACCCCUCCAUUGCGGCUGCCAAAUCAGAAUUGUGGCCUUUGCUGUUGUCCAGCAUGAAGAUGGAUGCUGCUGUUUUUAUUGACCAACAUUUGCAGACAAUCCUCCCUCUGCUGCUGGAGGGAAAUACUGACAACCAGGCUGUAAGAAAUGCCAUUGGGGAGUUGUCAGUCCUUUCUCCUGGGAAACUGCUCCCUUGUAUAAUGGACCGUGUGAUCCAGAGGCUGUCCAAUCCAGCACUGAAGCAGGUGACACGUCGGGAAUAUGCCAUUAUGAAGACACCGGAGGGAGAGCUGUACGACAAGAGCAUCAUCAUGAGUGCCCAGCAAGAGAGCACUAAAAAGGGCAACAUGAAAAGAGAGAAUAAGGCAUACUCCUUUAAAGAACAGAUAAUUGAACUUGAGUUACAGGAGGAAAUCAAAAAGAAGAAAGGAAUUAAAGAUGAGGUACAGCUAACCAGCAAACAAAGGGAGAUGAUGCAGAACCAGCUGGAGAAGGAGUCCUCUAUCCGGAAGAAACUGCAAGGGUUGGAUAUGGAGUUGCAAUGCACAGUGGGGCUUUUGGAGGCCAUUAUGGCUCGUCACCCUCCUCAGAUUUCUCACCACAUUCCUGGAGUCCUUCAUGUGCUCCUGCCCCUACUACACUCACCAUUAGCUGCUCCCCAUGUGCACCAAACCUUCCUCGAUAUUGGCACAUGCGUCCUGCAAAAGCAGCUGCACUUCCUGGCUCUUCUUGUGGGUCAUGUGACCUUGCGUCUGUUGAAGCCGGAAUGUGAGCUGGACCCAGCUUGGUCUCAGGAGGACCUGAACACAGCUACACAUCGGACCAUCCAACUGCUGCACACACACACAGUGCCACAUAGAGAGGGCAAGACUGAUGCCCGGCCUCUGUCUGCACCGGGUUUCUCUUUCUGUUUCCCACUGCUACAGGCCAUCCUCAGCAGAAAUAGUGGCACAUCUGAGGAGGUGGAGCUCAUGCUGACACAUGUACUACAGAUCAUUCACACACACUCUCAGUUGCGCUCCAGCAGUGAUGCCACUGAUGAACUCAUCGAUGAGAAUGGUCCAGAGCUCCUCCCCCGUGUGAACAUGUUAUUGCUGCUCACCAAAGUGAUUGGUACCUCCACACCACAACUGCAGGUGCUGGCUUCAGGCUGCCUCACAGCUCUUUGUUUGAGUGCUGGAGGGCAGGACAGCUGUGCAUUGGCUGAACAAGCUGAGAUUGAUGUGCUUCUAGAAGCCCUGCUCUCUCCCUGUUUUUCUGUUAGAGAUGCAGCCCUCAGGGGUCUUUUGGAGCUGGAGCUGGCUUUGCCCACAGACAGUGCCGAGCCUAAUGGGCUCAAUGUGCUCAGGAGACUGUGGGUGGCCAAAUUUGAUGUGGAGGAGGAAGGCAAAGCGCUAGCUGACAAGCUGUGGCAGACUCUACGUCUGGAGUUGGUUCCUGAGCUGUGUCCACUACUGAUCAAAGAUGUGACACACCAUGAGGAAACAGUGAGGGUGGCGGUAGCUGAGGCUUUAUCCAGUGCUGUGAGUCAAUACAAGGAGGAAUCAGCUACGGUUCUGUCCCAGCUUACAGAGCUCUACCAGCAGAAACUUUAUAGACCACCACCAGUCCUGGAUGCUUUGGGAAGAGUAAUCUCAGAAGCACCUCCUGACCAGUGGGAAGCAAGGUGUGGGAUAGCACUGGCUCUUAAUAAGCUCUCUCAGUGGCUAAGGGAGGAUCAGGUGACUCCCAUCUUUCAGUUUUUCGUACCUGACGCUCUGAACGACAGGCACAGUGAGGUGCGACGCUGCAUGCUGGAUGCUGCAUUGUCUGUCCUCAACACCCAUGGCAAGGACAAUGUGAACUCUCUGCUGCCUGUAUUUGAGGAGUUCCUGAAGAACGCUCCUCAGGAUGCCAGCUAUGACUCAGUGCGUCAGAGUGUGGUCAUCCUCAUGGGCUCACUGGCCAAACAUCUGGACAAGAGCGACCCCAAAGUCAAGCCCAUAGUUGCCAAGCUCAUCACUGCUCUCUCCACUCCCUCUCAGCAGGUCCAGGAGUCAGUGGCCGGUUGCUUGCCUCCUCUUGUGCCCGCUAUAAAGGAGGAUGCAGGUGACAUGGUACGGAAGCUGCUGCAGCUGCUGCUGGAGAGUGACAAGUAUGCAGAGAGGAAAGGUGCUGCCUACGGCUUAGCCGGCUUAGUAAAGGGCCUGGGCAUCCUCUCACUCAAACAGCAAGACAUCAUGACCACGCUCACUGAUGCCAUUCAGGACAAAAAGAACGCCAGACGCAGAGAGGGUGCCCUGUUUGCUUUUGAAAUGCUGUGCAACAUGUUGGGGAAACUGUUUGAGCCAUAUGUGGUACAUGUGCUGCCCCAUCUUCUCCUCUGCUUUGGAGACGGGAACCAGUAUGUCAGAGAGGCAGCAGAUGACUGUGCCAAAGCUGUAAUGCGCAAUCUAAGUGCUCAUGGGGUGAAGUUAGUUUUGCCCUCUCUCCUUGUAGCCCUAGAGGAAGAGUCCUGGAGAACCAAAGCAGGCUCAGUGGAGUUGCUCGGUGCCAUGGCAUUUUGUGCCCCUAAACAGCUAUCAUCAUGUCUGCCCAGCAUUGUGCCCAAGCUGACUGAGGUUCUUACCGACUCACACGUCAAAGUACAGAAAGCUGGACAGCAGGCACUGCGUCAGAUUGGCUCAGUAAUUCGCAACCCUGAGAUCCAGGCCAUCACUCCCAUUCUAUUGGAUGCUCUUACGGACCCGUCACACAAGACUCAGCACUGUCUGCACACUCUGCUUGAGACCAAAUUUGUGCACUUUAUUGAUGCUCCCUCACUGGCUCUCAUCAUGCCCAUUGUCCAGAGGGCCUUCCAGGACCGGUCCACAGACACACGCAAAAUGGCUGCACAGAUCAUCGGCAACAUGUACUCCCUAACUGACCAGAAGGAUCUGUCUCCAUACCUGCCUAGUGUGAUUCCGGGACUCAAAACUUCCCUACUGGAUCCUGUACCAGAGGUACGGACAGUUUCGGCGAAAGCUCUUGGAGCUAUGGUCAAGGGCAUGGGUGAGUCCUGCUUCGAUAAUCUGCUACCCUGGCUGAUGGAGACUCUAGCCUCUGAGCAGAGCUCUGUGGAUCGCUCUGGAGCUGCUCAGGGUCUGGCAGAGGUGAUGGCUGGGUUAGGUGUCGAGAAGCUGGACAAACUGAUGCCCGAUGUUGUUCAGACGGCCAGCAAAGUGGACAUUGCUUCUCAUGUGCGCGACGGCUACAUCAUGAUGUUCAUCUAUCUCCCACUUACCUUUGGUGAACGGUUCACUCCCUAUGUGGGCCCGAUUAUUCCCUGUAUCCUCAAGGCUCUGGCCGAUGAAAAUGAAUAUGUAAGAGACACAGCACUGAGAGCAGGCCAGCGCAUCAUCAGUAUGUAUGCAGAGACAGCCAUUGCCCUGCUUCUGCCUGAGCUGGAACAAGGCUUGUUUGAUGACCUCUGGAGGAUCAGGUUUAGCUCAGUGCAGUUGCUAGGAGACCUGCUCUUCCACAUCUCAGGGGUUUCAGGGAAGAUGACAACAGAGACCGCUUCUGAGGAUGACAACUUCGGCACAGCACAGUCCAACAAGGCCAUUAUUGGUGCACUUGGGGUGGACCGAAGGAACCGUGUGCUCUCUGGCCUCUAUAUGGGCCGCUCAGACACACAGCUUGUGGUAAGACAGGCCUCCCUGCACGUCUGGAAGAUUGUGGUGUCCAACACUCCGCGUACACUUCGAGAAAUCCUGCCUACACUUUUCACCCUACUGCUGGGCUUUCUGGCCUCUACCUUCCCUGACAAGAGAACGAUUGCAGCUCGUACUCUGGGGGAUUUGGUGAGGAAGCUGGGGGAGAAGAUCCUUCCGGAAAUCAUCCCCAUCCUGGAGGAGGGUCUGCGCUCUGAGAAGAGCGAUGAGAGGCAGGGUGUGUGCAUCGGUCUCAGCGAAAUUAUGAAAUCCACCAGCAAAGAUGCUGUGCUGGUGUUCUCUGAGUCCCUAGUGCCUACAGUGCGUAAAGCUCUGUGUGACCCACUCGAGGAGGUGCGUGAGGCUGCAGCUAAAACCUUUGAACAGCUACACGCCACUAUUGGCCACCAAGCACUGGAGGACAUCCUACCGGCACUGCUUAAACAACUGGAAGAUGAGGAAACUGCUGAGUUUGCUCUGGAUGGACUGAAGCAAGUUAUGGCUGUGAAGAGUCGAUCAGUGCUGCCUUACCUAGUGCCCAAGCUCACUGCUCCUCCAGUGAAUACACGUGUAUUGGCCUUCCUGUCUGCUGUGACGGGUGAUGCUCUGACACGUCACCUGGGCGUGAUUCUGCCUGCUUUGCUCUCAUCCCUCAAAGAGAAGCUGGGCACUGAGGAGGGGCCUCAGGAGUUAAGCAGCUGCCAGACUGUGAUUUUGUCCGUUGAAGACGAAGUGGGUCAGCGGAUCAUCAUCGAGGACCUGCUGGAGGCGACACGUGGUGCAGAUGCUGGACUCAGGGAGGCUUCUGUUACCAUCUUAAAUGCAUACUUCUCCCGAACACGGCUUGACUACAGCACUCAUACACGCACACUGCUUUCCGGCCUUGUGCGCCUGCUUAAUGACCCCAACCCUGAGGUGCUUCAUCAGAGCUGGGACACCAUCAAUUCUAUUACCAAGAAGUUGGAUGCUGGGAGUCAGCUGGCUCUGAUCGAUGACUUGCACAGAGAUAUACGUUCAGCAGCAGCUGAAGUCAGGGGUGAACAUCUGCCUGGCUUCUGUCUGCCCAAAAAGGGAGUGACAUGUAUUCUGCCUGUUCUGAGGGAGGGAGUGCUGACAGGAACCCCAGAACAAAAGGAGGAAGCAGCACGUGCGUUAGGUGCUGUCAUCAAGUUGACUUCCGCUGAGGCUCUGCGGCCUUCUGUAAUCAAUAUCACUGGGCCGCUCAUCCGUAUACUCGGAGAUCGUUUCGCCUGGACUGUGAAGACAGCUCUACUUGAGACCUUGACCCUUCUGCUUCGCAAGGUGGGAAUAGCACUGAAGCCGUUCCUUCCACAGCUCCAGACUACAUUCCUGAAGGCCCUACAGGACACGAGCAGACCUGUGAGGCUCAAGGCAGCCGAGGCUCUGGGACAGCUUGUUUCCAUACAUACAAAAGUGGACCCACUAUUUACAGAGCAGCUCUCAGCCAUUCGCAAUGCUGAGGACUCAGGUGUCAGGGAGACCAUGCUGCAAGCCCUGAGGUUUGUCAUUCAAGGUGCUGGAGCUAAAGUUGACCCUGCCAUCAAGAAGAGUAUUACUACCACAUUGCUAGGCAUGCUGGGACAUGAUGAGGAUGCCACACGAAUGGCCUCUGCUGGGUGUGUUGGUAUGUUAUGUGCCUUCCUGUCUGAAGAAGAGCUGAGGACUGUUCUACAACAGCAUGUCCUUGCGGAUGUGUCAGGAGUGGACUGGAUGGUGCGCCAUGGCCGGAGCAUGGCUCUUGCUAUAGCUGUGAAGUCUGCACCCAAACAGCUGUGUGCUCCAGAGUACAGCUCCACCGUGAUGGAUGUUGUUUUAUCCAACACCACUGCAGACAGAAUUCCCAUAGCUUGCAGUGGCAUCAGGGCAAUGGGAUACCUCAUGAGACACCAACUCAGAUCAGCUGGAGAAGAUGCUGUCUCACCUCGUAUUAUCACUCAGUUAGUCAAGAGUCUGCAGAAUCAGUCGAGUGAUAUCCGUCUGGUGACAGAGCGAGUGCUGUGGUGGGUGUGGAAGGAAGCGGACACCCCAGUGCUGGAGCCCAGUCUGAUUAAACCAAUCAUCAAAGCCCUGCUGGACAACACCAAAGACAAGAACACCAGUGUUCGCGCUCAGAGCGAACACACAAUUGUCAACUUGCUACGACUCCGCCAAGGAGAUUCUGUCAUGCAGAAUAUCAGUGCCAUCUUAGACACUGCCAGUAAUGAGCUGUUGUCUGAGUGUUACCGUCGAUCGCUGAAGAAGAUCUCAGGUCUGCCUGACUCCAGUGAAGAAAUCGAUGAUACAAUCCUCACGUGAUCUGCCCAAAUCAGCUCUCCAACAUAGUCCAUCAGUCCAUUCUGAUUUAAUAGAGGAUAUGAUAGCUUCACUGACAAUUAUGAAAAGAGAAAACACCCUUAAAAAAUAAUUUCUGAUUCUUCCAAAAAUUCAACCUGUUGCAGUUACAAAGCAAAAAAUUUGUUUCUCAUUUAAGCCAGUUCUAGCCAAAUGUUAAUGUAUUUCUGAUGCCCAGUUUAGAUUUUUAUUUGAUUAAGCACCAGUAUUAAUUUUAUCCUGUAUUUUCAGUAUGGUAAUGUCAUUCACUGAGUGUGCAAGUUGAGAGUGGGGCAACCUAAAGGAUGAGACACUGAUUUUUUUAAUCAGUGGUAUAUCCUUUGAUAGAGGUUAUAUAAAUAAAAGAAGAGAAAAACCACAAAUAAAACAUUAGUAGUAGUAGUAUUUGUUUUUACAAAUUAAGCUAUUUAUUAUUCUUACACAUUUUGUACAUCUUCACAAUGUACAAAGAUAAUCUUCACAAAUGAACACAACUUUUAUGCAUUUAGAAGCCUUAAUACUAUUGUCAGAAGUAAAAAGCUGAAGUUAGGCUAUAAACAAACUCCACCACGGUGGCAUGACUUAAAUGUCACUACCACUAAGCUUUCAACAACUCUUUCAAUGUGUAUUUACAAAACAGUUGGAAAAUACUAUAAACUGAUAAAUCUAUAAGUUGGAAAGUUUGAGUUGGAAUAGUUUGCUACAGCAAGGCUGUAUUCGAUUUUUUUAAAUUAAAGAAAACCAAUGUAACAACAAGAUGGCAUUCAAAUUACAAUCAACUUUUUUUUUUUUUUUUUUUAAAUCUGCAUUUGUGGAUAAAAUGAUUAGCCAAUAAGAUAGUUAUUUACAGUAUAUUUAUACCUUUUAUGGCCUUCUUCUUUAUAGAUUCCAUACUUAAUAUCUAUAAAAGACCAACUUAAAUACCUUUUCUCAGUUAAGCAAAUUUGCGCUCUAUCUCAAAAGGCACAAGAGAAUUUACAUGAGAAAAAAAAUGUACUCUGUAUUCUUGGUAGAGGAAUUACAGAAUCUACAUAGUGCACUUUCAAUGAUAAACUUAGCACUAAGGAACUCAUUUGAAGGAUAGAUAGCAGUCAAUAUUUUAAAGUGAGUCUCUUUUAUUUUGGAUUAAAAUAAGAGGUUCUAAUAUAUUUAAGAGUUUGCCUAUAAACAGAGAGAUCUUUUUCAGACUGAACUGGGCAAAAAAAUUAUUAAGAAUUUGCCUAAUAUAUUAGAACAUUUCUCACUUUUAAACUUAAAGUGGGUCCAAGGUAUAUUUAAAAAAAAAAAAGGUAGAGUUGGAGUGAUUUGCCCAUAUAAUAAAUAACCUUUAAUUAAUAUUUUAACAUUUUGAAAAAAAGAUGCUGGAACUGUAAACCAGAAACUAUCCAUGUUACAUAAGAAACCUUGUAGCCAUUUCAAUUUUAUUGUUCCAUUCAUCUAUUCAAAAUCUAUUAUAUUUAAUCCACCUGUUUCAUAAGAUUUAACUAUAUCAGUUUUCUUAAUAACGUGAGUUUUCUUCUUCCAUAAAAAUUGUGCAAGGGUUGAUUUAUUAACUUGAUCACUGAAGAAGAAGGGGCUAACUCAACUGACGGAUAAAUGGCCCUCAGCAAAACUUUUGUUUUAUUUUGGUUGGUAGAGCUCUGCCAAAACCAGAAAUGCUUCUUUGUAACCAAUUAUUUUUGCCUUUUUUAACUUGUUUACAAAAUUAACUUCCAUGCUUCUGCAAGGCUGUAGUAGAUUGUUUCUUAAAAUGAAAACAAACAAAUUAUCAAAUCAAACAUUAACAAUAGGCAGACAUUAGACAUAAUCAUACAACAUGAGUGACAAUAAAUUAAAAAAAUAAAAUAAAUAAAGUAAAUAUAAAUAAUAAUGAAUAAAAAGAUAACUAAAUAAAUCAGUAAUGUAAACGAAGUGAUAGGUUUACAUAAGGGGCAAAAAGAGAACUACAGCGCACUCAAGUUACUUAGUGCAUUCGUUAAUGUAAUGACUUUAAGAAAUUUGUUUAAGAAAAGGUGAGGGACAAAGCAAGUAUUUCAGCUUCAUUCACAAAAUGAGCAAAGGAUGGAGGGGUUUUCAAGAAUCUACACGUGUGGAUAAAAAACUUAGCAAUUAUAAGGAUGAUGUUGGCCAGUUAGUGUUGUGUGCGAUCUUUCUUUAGUACACCAAAUCUGACUUGCUUAGAAUUAAUGCCUCACAUUGAUAUUCAUAUAAACCCCAUUUUGUUGUGCAAUUGAGUCCAAAAUAGUUUAUAGAGUAGUUACAGUCAAAGAAAACAUGUUCAGUGGAUUCGAUGUCAGUCCCACAAAAUUUACAAGAGUUUUCUUCAAUACCAAACUUUGAUCGAAAAAAAUCCUUAGAUGGAUAAAUAUCGUUCAUUAUUUUAAAGUGAAAUUCUUUCAUUUUUGGAAAUAUUGGGAACGUAAGGUAGUUCUUUCUAAUCACUUCUCUGAUUCAAACUCUUUGAAGAUGUAAUGACUUUUUAUCCGACUUGGAUGAAGUCUAUUAAUGAAAACGAGGCUGUAGUAGAUGGGUUUUCCUGUUAGGUGUGAUUACGUUUAAUGUCCCCGACAACAGUUGUUGUUUAGCCACUUGUUAGCAACCGUCUUUUUCAAGAAAGGUAAAAGCUUUUUUUUUUUUUAAAAAUCACGAGUGGGUUAUUACUGAUGUAUUUUAUGUCGAACAAUAAAACGUGAAAAUAUCUUGCA